AGAACAGUCUGCUGUCAACACUGCUCUACUGCUUGGGUGGCGAGGGAAGACUGACAGCGACAUCCAAAGAGAUACAGAAGUCUUGCAUUAUACGCUGUGUCCUCCGCUGACACUAACUUUACGACUUUAGACAGUCCCUUCGCUGAAAAAUGAGCUCCAGACACGGCUUCUGAGGACCCGGAGGGCCCCAAGUCACCCAGCGCAGACCUAUGCAGACGGACACUCAUGCUGGGGUGGACUGAGUACUCACGGUAGGUUGUGAGCGAUGAGCAGUAGGCGAGGCGGUCAUGCCGACAGAGCGCCGCUGCCGCCACCAUCCUCCUCCUCCUCUUCCUCUUCCUCCUCUGGAGCCAAGCGGCAGGUGCAGCGCCUGCGGGCCCGCGAUGGCAUCACCAUCCAGUUCUCCGCCCUGGGGAAGGAGGAAGAGGAGGAGGAGGAGGAGCUGUACGGGACCCCGGCCUCAACGCCUUCCUCUUCCUCCUCAGCCUGGCCGGUGGUGGCAGACGGGCCAAACCAUGGUGGCGGCGGUAUCGCAGAGGCUUUGGAGGCCAGCGAGACGCUUGGGAAUGCUGCCCGACAGCCGUUGUUGGGAUCAUCCUCCUCCACUGCGUCGGCCAAGGCUCCUGCUGCCACGAGCACGUCGUCCGCACCUGCUGCCUUCUCCAGUAGCUCCAAGUUCUCCCCCUCCAGGUCCAUCACCUUCCCCUCGGGCGACAAGCCCUUCCUCAGCCUCAUGAAGUCCCUGUCCCAGGAGCUCGUGGAUCCUCGGACCGGCGAGGGGGUGUCCGCCGGUGUACGCCACCGCAAGAUCAUGCAGAACCUCGUCAAGUCCCUGUCCUCCUCCUCCGCCGACACCUCCUCUUCCUCCUCCUCCUCCGCGUCUCAGCAGCAGGACUCCUCCACAGGGUCCUCCAGCACCUCCACCACCACGAGCCGCCCGCUGGACUCGCGCCUUAACCUGCAGCUCUUUAAGCAGUUCACGCAAUCUCGUGCCUCCACGUCGUCGACUACCGCCACUGCCACCACCACCACUGCGGCCGCCGCAUCGUCGUCUUCCGCGUCGUCGUCGGCGGGCGACUCCAAGACCGCCCCCUCGUCCCCCAUGACCUCGCCGGACAGCAGCCGUUUCUCCUUCAGGCCGCUGUCGGACGUGGAGGCGCGCAUCGAGGACACCAAGCGCCGGCUGUCCGAGGUCAUGCUGCAGUACGAGCCCCUGCAGAGGCUCAGCAAGAUGAUCGACGAGAGCAACGCGGCCACCUCCGGCACCUCCGGCACCGCCUCCAAGACCCACUUUUGGCAAAAGGGCCUCUCCAGCAGCGCCUCCGAGCUCUCCACGCUCAACAGCAGCAACGGCCACCUGGAGAGCAACAACAACAACUACUGUAUCAAGGAGGAGGGCGAGGGGGACUUUGACCGGGCCGGAGCCGGAGCAGCAGCAGCCGCUACCGGAGCAGAGUCUAAUCUCGUGGUCGUCGCGGACGGCCAAGUUGGCUCGGCGGCCAAGUCGUCGUCGUCGUCGUCGUCCGUGGCUGCGCUGGACAAAUGCUCCAUGUCCGCGCUGGCUCGGCAGGAGGACGAGGAGUUCUGCGAGCUGUACAGCGAAGAUUUUGACUUCUGCACGGACAUCGAGACGACUGACAGCGAGCGCACCUUAGCGGACAACUUAGCGGCCAGGGGUCAGGGAUCACAGCCGCCCAACAGCACCGACACUCUCAGCGAAGACGAGGACGACGAGGAGGAGGGAGAAGGAGAGGAGCUGGCUCCCAUCCCGUACAAGACGCUGUUUGCGCUGACCCUCCUCACCUAUGGGUACUUUGUGGUGCCCCUGCCCAGCUACGUGGGGGGGAUGGUGUUCGGGAUGGUGCUGGGGGUCAUGCUGGCCAUGGGAGUCAUCUUCCUGGCGGGGCCGAGGCGGUCUAACUUUGAAGCCGUGCGGAGGAGGAUCGAGAGGGAGAUGGGGAAUACGGCACGGCUGGACCUCAAGGAGCAAGGGAUGGUGAAGGGCUGGAUGAACGAGAUCCAGAACUACGAUCCGGAGACGUACCACGCCACGCUGACCAACUCGGUCUUCGUGCGCCUGGACGGCUCCACGCUGCGUCUGUCCAAGCCCAACCGCAACAUCGCUCGGCGAGCCGCCCUCAACGAGCCCAAACCAGACGUCACCUACAUCAGCCAGAGGAUCUACGAACUCGCAGACAGCAAGAUAUACCUGGUGCCCAACAAUCUGGCCCGGAAGCGGAUCUGGAACAAGAAGUACCCCAUCUGCGUGGAGCUGGGCAGGCAGGACAACUUCAUGUCCAAGGCCGAGGGCGAGACUUCUGCGGACAGCGAGCCAGAGAGGUCGGAGGAGGGGUGCGAGGGGGGAACGCUGCGCUACCAGACGUCGGGGGCGGGGGCGGGGGCGGGGGCCGUCAGCAGGUACCGCCCCACGCUGUUCCUGUUCGGGAGGACGGGACGGGAGAAGGAGGAGUGGUACCAGAGGCUGCUGCGGGCCUGCAGUCCCAAGGAGGCCGCCAGGAGGACCACCAGCCUGCCCCUCAGCAGGAGUCACGCCAUGCUGACCUCCCAGGGCCUGAGCGGCAGCCGUAACAGCCUGGACGAGCUGCUAUCCUCCCCCACGCGCCUCCAGAAGGACACUGCCCCCGUCCCCUGCCCUCCUCGCCAGCGCCCCCUGCAGGACUACGGGGCGUACAUGGCCCGCUGCAUGCCCCCUCCACACCAGCAGGGGCAGCAGCAGCAGCAGGGGCAGGAGAGUAGCAGCAGCAGCCCCUCACCCGGUCCCUCCAGCAGCCCCCAGCAGAGUCCACACGGCAGCCCCGGGGCCAGCAAGAAGCUGCCUGUUACGGGCUCCCCGGUCCAGGAGGAGGCGGAGUCUCUGGCCUGGGUGAACGCGCUGGUUGGCCGCGUGGCGUGGGACUUCCUGGGGGAGGAGUACUGGAGCGACUGGGUCUGCAAGAAGAUACAGAUGAAGCUCAGCAAGAUACGGUUGCCGUACUUUAUGAACGAGUUGACGCUGACGGAGCUUGACAUGGGCGCCACCACUCCCAGAGUCCUGCAGGCCUCCAAGCCCUCCGUGGACCAUCAAGGUCUGUGGUUCGACCUGGAGGUGUGCUACAAGGGCUCGUUCCUGAUGACGCUGGAGACCAAGAUGAACCUGGCUCGCCUGGGUAAGGAAGGAGACGGCCUGGGCGAGUUUGGAAAAGAUGGCUCCAGACCUCGGGCCUACUGCCUGGCGGACAGUGACGAGGAGUCGUCCAGUGCCGGGUCAUCAGACGAGGAAGAGGCUUCAGAGCAGGCCGCCGAGCAGACGCCCGGAGCAGAGAGCUUCCUGGGAGGCCACAACAAGCACAGCAAGAUCCUGCGCUUCGUGGACAAGCUGACCAAGAACAAGUACUUCCAGAAGGCGGCGGAGACGGAGUUCAUCAAGAAGAAGAUGGAGGAGGUGUCCAACACGCCGCUGCUGCUCACCGUGGAGGUGCAGGAGUGCAGAGGCACGCUGGCCGUCAACAUCCCCCCGCCCCCCACCGACAGGAUAUGGUAUGGCUUCCGCACGCCUCCUAAACUGGAGAUGAGGGCGCGACCCAAACUGGGCGAGAGGGAGGUCACCUUUGUACACAUCACCGACUUCAUAGAGAAGAAGCUUUAUGAGGAGUUCCAGAAAAUCCUGGUGAUGCCCAACAUGGACGACGUGUGGCUGCACAUCAUGCACUCUGCCAUGGACCCCCGCUCACACGGCUCACCCGAUACUGACCCCAUGGGCACCUCCUCUGGGGAACUGUGAUCCCCCCCCCUCCCACCGCCCGCCCGCACACACACACACACACUCACACACACACACACACACACACACACACACACACACACACACACACACACACACACACACACACACACACACACACACACACACACACACACACACACAUUUAACAGUAUUCAACACAAUAGUAACAGUACAUGUCCCAGAAGACACUGCGGCUGCUCCCCUGUGAUGACCCAACAGGAAGCGGCGAUGGUAUCAGCUUCCUCCCUCUUUACUAGCCACUACUACUACUACUACUACCACGUACGCCAUGAUCACUACAGUACAGACGCCACAUUCCUAUGCAGCGGCGGCCGGCCUGGAGACAUUAGUUUACAGCUCAGUGCCACAUAUGUAGUCCAAAUGACCUGGUCUUUACCUGUCCAAUUCAACCAGUGGCACAUUCAGGACGACUGGGAACCGUGCCGGUGCCCAUUCCCGCACCUAAUUGCGAAGCGGCCGUCGUGUUCACGCCACAGAAAUUAGCGUUCACAAACCGGAGAGUUGGUUCGCAAUGCAAACCGCUUUUUCUCCGCGAACCAUAAUGAAACAUGGCCGUCAACAGGUUUAUCCGGGUAACACAGUUACGCGCUGAAAAAGUUCAGAGCCCGGGAUGAACACGAGCGGUUGGCAUAUAAGUACUUCUCCGUUCUGGUCGGCCUUUAAACCCUACAGGUGAUUACCUGGUUGCAUGAUCACUUGUUAAAUUGGACAGGUAAAAAAAAACAGGUCGUUUGGAAUACGUGGCAUCGGAUUGUUAAGAAUUGUGUCCAGGUCGACCAUCACUGUAUCUUAUGAAGGGGUUAUAUAUAGCCUUAAAGCACAGGCACGGCCUUUUUUGAUGACAAAGUGACCUCACAACAAAAAUCAUGAUAGAAGUGAAGUUACUUCUGAUCUGAAGACGACGAUGCCAUGAAGGAGAUAACUUCCACGUUUUUUGCUGCUUGGAAACUUUUUUUUCUUUUUUUGUCUUUUUUUUCGUAUUUUCCUCCACGUAGGGAGAAAGAAGCUUUGAGACCAAACAAACAAACAAACAGAGUUCAUCUCUCUCUCGCAGAGAUUCUUUUUAUUAUAUGGAGACGUCAUGUCAUGAAUCUGCCAACGUUAGCCUGUGGG